CUUGUAUCACUGACCUCGCCAUGGGAGGUGGCAAGGGCAAGGGCAGAACUCAAAGCUGGGCUCCAGUGCAGAAGCCGCAGCUCAAGCGCAGCCAACAGAGUCCCUACUGGGAUGACCGUGAGCCUCAGCGUGGCGGCGGGCCACCGGCAGGGGUGAAGGUCAUGAAAAAGGUGAACUGGUUGAACCGCCAAGGUUUUUUUGGCAAACAAAAAGUUGACGAAGACGCCUUGGAGAUGCUGGGGACUCUGCCCGAUGAUCGCGCCAUGUCCGUCUUGGAGAACUUGGAGCAAAAGGCAGAGAAUGGUGACAUUUGGAACCCCAACUCGUAUGUUGUCAAGGCCGUGAUCCGUCACAGCACCCAAAUGAAUUCUGCGGGCCCUCCUUCCAGCUACAGUGCAAAUUCAGGACCACCUGCAGCUGUGCCCGUCAUGAAGAAGGUGAACUGGUUGAACCGAGAAGGAUUUUUCGGAAAGGAGGCUAUUGAUGAAGAUGCCGUGGAAAUGCUGGGUUCAUUGCCAGUGGAUCGUGCUUUGAGCAUUUUGACCAACAUCGAGGAGAAGGCGAAUGCUGGCGGGAUCUGGAAUCCAAACAGCUAUGUCGUGAAAGCUGUAGUCCGCCACCAGACGAGUUUAAAGAAUGAUCGAUGGGGCGACGACAGGUGGGGUGACGACAGGAGACAACCGAAGGGUGGCAAGGGCAAAGCUGGAAAAGGCGGCAAAGGAACAGCUUUGGCAAUCCGCAGUGGCCCUUCGAAGGGUAAAGGCAAGAGCCGCUACUGACGUGCAAGGCACCUUUUGUGUCAGAUGGCUUGAGCGGGUGUGAGUGUUUUUUUUUUGGAUUAGGACUCUCAAUUUAUCCGAAGAUGAAUGCUUACAAAUCCAGCAACGCC